UGAUGAUGAGAAAUAACUCCAAGACAAGAGAAAUGUUUAUUGUAAGAGCUUUGGAGAAGAUAUUAGGAGAUCGAGAUGUUAAACGCUCUCACUUGUCACAACUCAGAAAAGCUUGCGAAGCUGCACUUGAGGAUCUCCAUAAUGAGAUUAAAGAAGUUCCAAAUACUGUGGGUGAAGAAGCUCCUUCAAAUGCUUUACCACAACCCAAGAAUGAUACCAAUUUCAUCAGUGCAGAAAAAUAUUUCUUACCCUUUGAAUUGGCAUGUCAAAGCAAAUCACCUAGAAUAGUAGUAACUUCUCUAGACUGUCUGCAAAAACUUAUAGCCUAUGGUCAUCUAACUGGCAGCAUUCCAGACUCCACCGAUCCAAACAAGCUUUUAAUCGUUCGUAUAGUUGAAACUAUUUGUAGUUGUUUUAUGGGUCCACAAACAGAUGAAGGUGUUCAAUUGCAAAUCAUUAAGGCUUUAUUGACUGUCAUGACAAGUCAACAUGUCGAAGUUCAUGAAGGGACAGUACUCUUGACAAUUAGAACUGUUUAUAAUGUUUAUUUAGCCUCUAAGAAUUUAGUUAAUCAGACAACAGCUAGAGCAACUCUUACUCAGAUGAUUAAUGUGAUAUUUGCUCGAAUGGAAACUCAGGCAGAAGAAGAAAACUUAAAGCAUGGACACAUUGAAGCACAAAAUAUAUCGACAAUUAGUAUUCCAGAAGCAGAAAAUGAAUCUUUAAAUAACACGAUAAAUUCAAUUGUAGAGAUAAUACAGACAGAUUCGUCAAUAGAGGCUGUAACAACAGAAGAACCAGCUGAGGCAACGGAUACUUAUAACGAGGCAUUGCUAAUCGUCCGUUCAGUGUUGGACGAUGUGAUAAAUACAGUCGUACCUGAUGAAGAAGUUCAAGAACGACACCAGACGUCAAAAUCUGUUACAUCAGAGUCGGACCAGCAGCAACAACCGACGACACCUAAUACAAUACCAGCACCAGAAGAACAACAGAAUAAUGUCGACGAUGUACAAGAUGAGGUGAUUGCCGAAAAUGACAACAUGGUUACUGCCAAAUUCACUCAUGUGCUCCAAAAAGAUGCCUUCCUUGUGUUCCGGGCACUCUGCAAACUAUCAAUGAAACCCCUACCUGAUGGUACUCCAGAUCCUAAAUCACAUGAGUUGAGAUCAAAGAUUCUUUCGCUGCAACUUCUACUUGGCAUUCUACAAAACGCGGGUCCGAUUCUACGAUCAAAUGAAAUGUUUGUGAUAGCCAUAAAACAAUAUUUAUGCGUCGCUCUGUCGAAAAACGGUGUUUCUUCCGUACCAGAAGUGUUUGAGCUUUCGCUCGCGCUUUUUCUUGUGCUACUCGCACGCUUCAAGAUCCACUUAAAAAUGCAGAUCGAAGUUUUCUUCAAAGAAAUUUUCAUGAAUAUACUAGAAACAUCGAGCAGCUCCUUCGAACACAAGUGGAUGGUCAUUCAUGCACUUACACGCAUCUGCGCCGAUGCUCAAAGUGUCGUCGACAUAUAUGUCAAUUACGACUGUGAUUUGUCGGCUGCGAAUUUAUUUGAAAGACUUGUGAAUGAUCUAUCAAAGAUAGCACAAGGUCGACAGGCCCUGGAACUUGGUGCCUCUCCAAAUCAGGAAAAGUCCAUGCGUAUACGCGGUCUUGAAUGUCUCGUGUCAAUCCUUAAAUGCAUGGUGGAGUGGAGCCGAGAUCUUUACGUGAAUCCCUCGAUACCAGUUGAACAACAAGUACCUGCAGAACCUCCGGAUCCACCCCUAGAUACUUCAACGACAUCCGGUGCUGGCAAUGGGAAUAAAUUAUUGCCGAGAUAUGGAAGCGCUGGUAGUCUCUCGUCGGCGAACUCAAGUCUCCUUGGGAACAAAGAAGUACCCGACUCUCCCGAACAAUACGAAGUUCAGAAGCAGCAAAAGGAAGUUUGGGAAACUGGCAUCGAAAUAUUUAAUCGAAAGCCGAUCAAGGGAGUUCAGUACUUGCAGGAACAAAGUCUCUUAGGAACGACGGUGGAAGAAGUUGCACGCUGGUUACAUACGGACGAACGCCUUGACAAAACGGCAAUCGGUGACUUCCUCGGAGACCAUAACCAUAAUCAAGUCAUGUACAAUUACAUUGAUCAAAUGGACUUUACGGAGCGUGAUCUCGUAACCGCUUUGCGCUACUUUCUCGAAGGUUUCAGAUUACCUGGUGAGGCCCAGAAAAUCGAUAGGCUUAUGGAAAAGUUUGCCAGUCGCUACUGCGAGUGCAAUCCUAACAACGGACUUUUCACAAGUGCCGAUACUGCCUACAUACUGGGCUUUUCGAUAAUAAUGCUGACGACAGACCUGCAUUCCCCUCAAGUAAAAAAUAAGAUGACCAAAGAACAGUAUAUAAAACUUAAUAGACGAAUUAGCGAUAACGAAGAUUUACCUGAAGAAUAUUUGUCAAAAAUUUAUGAUGAAAUAGCUGGCAACGAAAUCAAAAUGAAAUCUAACCCUAACAGACCUGGAAAACAAGUAAUAUCGAGUGAGAAGAAGCGCCGCCUAUUAUGGAAUAUGGAAAUGGAGGUAAUUUCGACGGCGGCAAAGAAUCUGAUGGAGUCAGUUAGCCAUGUGCAAGCACCUUUCACCACGGCUAAGCAUCUCGAGCACGUGCGACCGAUGUUCAAGAUUGCUUGGACGCCCUUCCUCGCGGCCUUCAGUGUCGGCCUUCAAGAUUGCGACGAUCCUGAGAUUGCAUCGCUUUGCCUCGAUGGAAUUCGUUGUGCUAUUCGUAUUGCUUGCAUUUUUCAUAUGAUGCUUGAAAGAGAUGCCUAUGUUCAGGCAUUAGCCAGAUUUACCCUCUUAACAGCCAACUCGCCGAUAACAGAAAUGAAAGCAAAGAACAUUGAUACUAUCAAGACCUUGAUAACAGUGGCGCAUACCGAUGGCAACUACCUCGGCAACUCCUGGCUCGAUGUUGUCAAGUGUAUAUCGCAAUUAGAGCUCGCCCAGCUGAUUGGUACAGGCGUGCGACCACAACUGUUGGGGCCACCCUCGAAGCCUCAUUUCCCCUCACCGCUAUCCAAUUUCACUAAUCUCAAUCAUAACAACUUACACCAAACCAAUGGAUUAAAUCUUAGCUCACUGGAUCCAAGUGUUAAGGAAUCCAUUGGUGAAACGAGUUCUCAAAGUGUAGUUGUAGCUGUAGACAGAAUUUUUACUGGAUCCACAAGGCUGGACGGAGAUGCUAUAGUAGAAUUUGUUAAAGCACUGUGUCAGGUAUCCCUCGAGGAGCUCGCCCACCCCAGCCAGCCACGCAUGUUUUCCUUGACGAAAAUCGUCGAGAUCUCCUACUACAAUAUGGGUCGUAUACGUCUACAGUGGUCACGCAUCUGGCAAGUAAUCGGCGAACAUUUUGAUCGAGUAGGCUGCAGCCCACGCCAGGACAUAUCUUUCUUUGCAGUUGACUCGCUACGCCAGCUUGCCACUAAAUUCAUUGAGAAGGGCGAAUUUGCGAACUUUCGCUUCCAAAAGGACUUUCUCAGACCGUUCGAGCAUAUCAUGAAGAAGAAUCGCUCCACAAUCAUACGAGAUAUGGUAGUGCGGUGUGUCGCCCAGAUUGUGCACUCCCAGGCACCCAAUAUUCGUUCUGGAUGGAAAAAUAUAUUUAGCGUGUUUCAUCAUGCGGCAGGCGAUAGGGACGAGUCGGUUGUCGAACUCGCAUUCUCCAUGACCGGCAAGAUUAUCAAUGAAUUGUAUGCAGCAGACUUUAGUAUCAUGGUGGACUCCUUCCAAGAUGCCGUCAAGUGCCUCAGUGAAUUCGCGUGUAACGCCUCGUUUCCUGAUACAAGUAUGGAAGCUAUAAGACUGAUAAGAUCCUGCGCAUCUUAUAUCGAUGCCAAUCCAAACCUAUUUGCCGAAGGCAUGAUGGACGAUAAUGGAAUGGUUUCAGAAGAGGACAGAGCCUGGGUAAGAGGUUGGUUCCCUCUGCUGUUCGAGUUAUCGUGCGUAUUGAGCCGCUGUAAGCUUGACGUGAGGACGCGAGCACUCACCGUUUUAUUCGAUGUUGUAAAAACGUACGGAGCAUCGUUCAAGCCGCAUUGGUGGAAAGACUUGUUCCAGAUCCUCUUCCGCAUCUUUGACAACAUGAAAUUACCCGAACAGCACACCGAGAAGGCUGAAUGGAUGACUACAACGUGCAAUCACGCACUUUAUGCGAUAGUCGACGUUUUCUCACAGUUCUACGAUGUUCUCGGGCCAUUACUCCUAGAGCAACUAUAUGCACAACUACUUUGGUGCGUGCAACAGGAUAAUGAACAACUCGCGCGGUCUGGCACCAACUGCCUGGAGAACCUCGUUAUUAGCAACGGCAUUAAGUUCGACGAGAACACGUGGAACAAAACCACACGUUGCAUUCUCGAUAUUUUUACUAGUACUUUACCCACUGCACUCCUCACUUGGAAACCACAAUCGAAUAAUAAGGAAUCUGAUUUGGACGUAAUAACCGGCGAGGUCGACGUGCAUAUUGGCAUCUUGAAGCGUAGCACAAGCAACCAAAGCCUCUCAUCGCUCGAAUCUGUACGCGUGAAGAUCUUUACUGCCUUACUCAUAAAAUGCGUUGUCCAACUCGAGCUUAUGCAGACAAUUGACAAUAUCGUUUUUUAUCCGGCCACUUCGAGAAAAGAGGACCAAGAGAACCUCGCCGCUGCUCAAGCCGAUAUGUUUAACAGCAAAUUCGAACAAGUCGGAGGCAUCGGAGCAGGUGGUGACCAGCAAAAGGAGGAGCAGGGCAUGUACUGCGCGCUAACAACCUCUCACCUCCUGCAGCUCGUCGAUUGUCUCUUGGCCUCGCACCGUUUCGCCAAGAGUUUCAACUCCAACCAUGAGCAACGUAAUAUCCUAUGGAAAGCAGGCUUCCGUGGUAGUAUCAAGCCCAACUUGCUGAAACAGGAGACGCAAUCACUCGCGUGUGCGCUGCGCAUCCUUUUCAAGAUGUACAGUGACGAGAUGCAUCGUGCUGAUUGGCAAUUAGUUGAAUCGCGGCUGGUUGAAGUCGCAAGCGAGGCUCUGGACUACUUCCUCGCGCUUUCGAACGAGGCACAUCGUGAAGCCUGGACCCCAAUACUCUUAUUGUUGCUUGCCCGGGUCCUAAAAAUGCCAGAUGCGAGGUUCGCCGUUCACGCCUCUAGUGUUUACCCUUCACUCUGUGAAAUCAUGUGCUUCGACCUCAAGCCCGAGCUCAGAUCCGCUCUCAGGAGAUUUUUCUUAAGGAUCGGACCCGUAUUUAGGAUUACUCAACAAUAAUGUCUUUAAUAUUGUUACAUAUGUGGUUCGAGAGAUCGAUCUCAGAAGUUAGCAUUUGUUUACUUAUACAACGUUCUUGGAUCGUAUCGUAUACUUUUUUAUAAAAGUGACUGAACGAAUAAUGAGAAAAAAACUUACUUUCUCACUA